UUGAAUUGAAUUAUAAUAUGAAAGAUUUAUGACAUGUUGGUGGGAGUUGGCCAGAGAAGGAGAAGCAAGGAGAACCACACACUGAGAUUUUCUUUCUCUCGCCGUGGGACCGCAACAAUGGUGUGUUGUAUCAUCCACAUCUCUUCCUUUUUGAUUCCUUUUCUUCUUAUUAAAUUUGCUUGGGUGUAAUCAAUCCAUUGGGAAAGGAGCAAAAUCCUUAUCUUGCCUCUAAUCGACGUGCUGUUAGCUCCCAUUUCCAUUCGUUUCUAUGGCUUCUCUUACCCUCCAUUCCUAAUCUCUUACCCUCCAAACUUUCUCUGGGUUCUGCUCACUUCUCAGAAGCUUCGCAGCUUUGUUAGGUGAAUUCGCCAAACAGAUCAGACAAAGCUCGGUUCUUUCCCACUUUUUCCUGCGUUUCUGGAUUCUGGGUUCGUCUCGGAUCUUGGAUUUACCUUCUGGGUAGCUAAUAGAUUGAGGCGGGUCGCAGUCGGAAGAGAUGAAGAUUCAGUGUGAUGUGUGUGAGAAAGCUCCGGCGACGGUGAUAUGCUGCGCCGACGAAGCAGCGCUUUGUAGCAGGUGCGACGUUGAAGUUCAUGCGGCCAACAAGUUAGCUAGCAAGCACCAGCGUUUGCUCCUUGAAUCUCUGUCCAACAAGCUUCCUCCCUGUGAUAUCUGCCAAGAGAAGGCGGCAUUCAUCUUCUGUGUUGAAGACAGAGCUCUUUUCUGCAAGGAUUGUGACGAACCGAUCCAUUCUGUAGGUAGUCUCUCGGCGAACCAUCAGAGGUUUCUAGCUACAGGAAUACGAGUGGCAUUGAGCUCUAGCUGCUCUAAGGAGGCUGAGCAGAGCUGUUUAGAGCCACCGAAUCACAGCAGUGCUCAACAAGUGUCUGCAAAAUUGCCUGUACAGCAGCAGCAACAACAACAACAACAGUCGAGCUUCUCGUCCCCAUGGGGCGUUGAUGAUUUGCUUCACUUCUCCGAUUUUGGAUCGCCUACUGACAAAAAAGAGCAAUUGCAGCUUGGAGAGUUCGAAUGGCUGACCGACAUGGGUCUCUUCGGCGACCAACUCACAGAAGAGGCUCUCGCAGCAGCUGAAGUUCCUCAGCUACCCGUUUCGCCUACGGUCAGUGUCAGCUCAUACAGACCUCCCAAAUCCAGCAUGCCACACAAGAAGCCGAGGCUCGAGAUCCCAGACGAAGACGACGAGCUUAACUUCAUGGUGCCUGAUAUUGGCUGAUUUCCAUCACAGCUUCACUCUCUCGAUCUAUUCGACAUCAUGUUAAGUAGUUCGAUAUCUACAUAGUACACAUAUAUCGGACCAAGGGAGGCUCUCCGGAGGAAGAACACAACAAUUACUUCUAUGGUUGGAAUUUGGAUCGUGUAUUUUGGGGAGGGAAGAACUCAGUGAAGAUAACUGAAAGAGCAUUGGCUUUGUUCGUUUUGCUCGUAGCUUGUGAAAUGAUGCAUCGUUGUGAUGCUUUAGCUGAACUGCUAUAAUGGUAGUAAAUUAAUUAAUGCAACUUCUUGGUUCUAAUGGCUCGUA